GGAAGUGCUCCCCGUCUUUAUGCAAAAGUCCGGACCUUCAUCUCUUCGGAUCGCCUGGAUCCACUGCCUCCGUUGGUCCGGGUCCGUGGGGAACGCAUGAUUUGACAGAUAAGGCUGGGAAGUGAACGAAAACAACUGCGCCGAGACUGAGCCAUUUUCCUAGCCUUUUAAUGCUGACGCUAUAGCCGCCGGAAGUUGUCCAACACCACAUCCUCUUUCAAACCCGAAAGAGUGAAAAAGGUCUAUUACUUACGCAACCUUACCACUUCUUAUCAACAGCGAAUUUUCCAGGACUCCUGUUUGUUGUUUUCUGGAAGAAGCUAACUAGCCAAUUGUGUGUGGUUGCUAGGUAAAAAUAACAAACAUUUGGCCAAUCAGCAUCGCUAAAAUCAAUGUCUCUAGUGUGCCCUGUCAUUGUAGACGCCCGGUAAGUUCUGUGUUCCUAUGGUAAUAAAGUUGAAAAUGGCGGUAAUGGCAGCAGAGGGAAUCUUAAGUCCCCACCUUGAUGACACUGCGGAGGAUUUUACAGAUGGUGAAACCCACUGUGGAAAACCAGAUGGCAGCUACACCCAUUAUAGUGCCAGGUCAAAGCAGUAUGAAGUGAGAGUAACGUUUCACGGAGGAAAUGGGACAUAUACAAGAGCUUCAACAAUUCAGCAGCGUGACAAAACCAAGCCGAAAGCUAAAGGGCAAGAGGACUUGAGAAAACAAUUAGAGGAAUGCUGACCUGCAUAAACAAACUCAGCUUAACAUUUUUUUCCCCCCUCCCGAUUAAAUCACAACAACGAGGCAAUUUCAAGAAAAGACACUCCUGUAAACAAGCAGUGUUUUGGUCUUUAUAAGAGCAAAACAGACACGUUCCAACAGCAUCCGUACAGAGGGACAGAACAGCGCAAGUUUGGACAGAUUCGUCACAUAGAGCUGAGCCUCGGGGUAACUAUCUCAUCUGGGAUCUACAGGAAGAAUGAGGAGCAUGUGAAGUUCAUUGUCAAGUCACUGGAAAUCUUUGUGCUGAUGGCUGAUGAACUCACUUGUGCUCAGAGAGUUAAAUGAGUUAUCAAUCAGCUUUUAAAGUUGAAGUCACUCACUCGGAUGAACAGCGCAAGUCGGUUAUUUCUGGUGUGCCGGCAGCAUUUCCUUUUCAUCGCAAUAUAGACCUCUAGUCUCCCUAAAGCUUAUUAAAACGUUUCUGGGAGUCCAACUCAAGCAACUGAGCUCUGCAGGCCAAACGUUAUGGAAGGGAAGUUUCAUAGUGCUCAGGAUUUUUUCAGCUGGCUGUGGACCUUUGCUGUGGACAAACACAACCAGGUCUACAACACCGUCUGCCUGGUCGUCCUGCUGACGCUUCCUCUGCUCGUCUUCCUCACCACUGUGGUGGUGUGCUGCCACUGCUGCUGCUGUUGCCCUGAUAGGUGCUGCUGCUGCUGCCCUGAUAGCAGCUGCUGCUGCUGCUGCUUUACAGGCUCUUUGAGGAUGAAAAACAGUUCAUCCAACAGCGAGGACUUGUGGAUAUCCGUGAGGACUGAACCGAUGACUCCUGAUGGGGUCGCUAUAGGAGGUAGCGACUUUGUUUUGAGCAUUUCCAGUAUCCAGAAUUAACGCACUGGUGCCGAUCAGUCAUUGAAAAGAUGCAAAACUGGAUGUGGAUAUCGUUCAAAUAAAAAGAACUUUGUAUUGUCGUGGGCAUAGACAUGGCUGAGACAAGUUUGUUUUUGUAUAUAAAUACUUGUCACUUUGUAUUCACAUGAUGCUGUGUGUUCUGGUUUUAUGACAGUGUUUACAACAUUUUUAUGAGCUUUUUUAGUGUGUGGUACAUAAAGACGAAAUAUGCAGACUCAAAUAUAUCUAUAUAUAUAUAUAUAUAUAUAUAUAUAUAUAUAUAUAUAUAUAUAUAUAUAGAUAUAUAUAUAGAUAUAUAUAUAUAUAUAUAAAUGCAAGUGUGUGCGAUGUGUGUGUCAGGUAGAGAGGCCUAGAGUUAUUGGGAGAACUUUGUUCUUAGAGCUCCCAUGUGAAAUUCAAUGCAUCCAUAUUUGGGAGAGGGAGCAAAGGAAAUGUUUGCUCACUGCUCAAACAGCUGUACUGGCACCUAUUUUCCAGAGAGCAGACUGAAAAACAGCAGUGAUAUUCAGCCUUUAUUUUAUUUUAUUUUUUAAAAACAAUUAUUGUUCAAUCAAAGAUAUGUUUGUCCAGAGAUUGGAAUCAUGGACAGGGUUCUCACAUUAACGGAAGAUGAAGAAUAGAGGCAGUUUGUUAAGCAGUCACAAGAAAACAAAUUGAAAUCAUUUGUUUUUAGAAACUCAGCAGUGUGUGUAUCGUGGCUCGUUUUGGAUUUGAAGCACCGGGAAAAUAAAAUGUCAUUUCAAGAUAUAGAAAAAUAAUUAUUCACCGGCUUGGUUUUUGAUUGACGUGUGUUUCAGUGCACUGCAACUUAACAAUAGUGAAUGCAAGCCACUACUUCAGUGCAAAAGUAAAUAUGUUUUGUGAGUUUGAUGCCAGAUUCAGGGCAGAUCAAACAGUUGCUCUUGGAUAGAAAACCUUACAGAAGGACUUUGGAAUUUAGACAGAAGGUGAUAGAAAUAAUAAAAAAAAAAAAAGCUAUUCAGCUACUAGACAUUAUUACCACACCUGUGUGUACAAGUUAUGUAUGGACAAUUAGAAUCUAGUUUUAUGAAAAUUGCUAAGCAAUAUUUUGUUUUACUAUUUUCUGAGUUCUCUCAACUGUUGUGUGUCUAUAUAUAAAUAUGGUACACAAGUGUUUACACUUGUUUACAUGUAAAGUAAACAAGUUUGAUGAGCAGUUAGUUUUGUUGCAUAUCUGAAAUACAAAAAAUUGAAACUUUAUUGAAAUUGUAUCCGAUUUCACCACAUUUUCUAUUAAUUUUAGCAACUUCCUCAAAGUUGCUAAGCAGACGUCUGUCUGCAGCGUCAUCAUCUUUAUUCAUUAGCUUACUCCGAGUUGGAGGCCAGCUCCUCUCAUUACAGCUCAGACAGACAAUAUCCCAUGUGGCGAGCAGAGAUGUCUCUCCUGCUUAAUUUUUGCUGUAUACAUAAAUCCUGUAAAACAAAUAAAUAAAUUAAAGCCUCA